AGGGAAUUGUAUCGAUCCAAGCAAGUCAACCAUUAAUUCCCCCUCUCAUCCUCCUUUCCCCUCCACAAAUAUUAAUUACCAUCCUUAUACACUCGAAGCGAGCCCCUUAAAUCACCUCCACAAGGCCACAAUACACUCCAAAGGAAUGGUAGACAAGCAAACAAUCCUGUUGACCCCUUCUCCAGAUCCUCCUCCGGCUUCUCCUCUUCUUUCCGUGAAAAUGGAAAAAAAACCACCUUUAACCAACCAACUCAAAGGGCUCCUCCUUCCCUUCGGCCCUACUAAAAUUAGCUUCGAAGCCUCGAAGGUUAUUACCAACAUGAAGCUAAACUAUACUCCCCGAUGAUAAAUUUAGAAAAAGUAAGGCAAAAGGGCGAAACCUUUGCCCCAACCGCUAUUUCGCUCGCUCCCUUCCUCUCCUUUCUCCCGACUCCCCCCACCUCCUCCGAUUCGCUCCCUUUCUCUCCCGCUCGCUCUCUCCCUCUCGCGCUGCCGCCUCCCCCCCCGCUCGAUCUUUCCCUCGCCCACGAAGGCUCGAUGUGGCUGCCGUGGGUUAGAACCCCUCGCGGCCAAGCCGCCGCCUCAAAGCAUCCCCUCUCUCGCUCUUCCUCCAUAACCUCCUUCAAAGACAUCCAUGCCCUCGUCGAUGAGGGGUUCGGCUCCAGCCCCACCGCCGCCACCGUCGCGAAGGCGGCCCCGGUCUUCCACCGCAUCCGGUCGGCGUGCUCCGCCCUCCGGCCGGCCUCUCCCCUGGGACCCCCUGAGAAGCAGAUCGUGUUCUACUUCACCUCCCUUCGGGUGGUCCGCAAGACUUUUGAGGACUGCUGCACCGCCCGAUCCAUCCUCCGCGGCUUCCGCGUCGCGAUUGACGAGCGGGAUCUGUCGAUGGAUAUGAGGUUCCUCACGGAGCUGAAGGGGAUCCUUGGCCGGGAGCAGCUCAGCCUUCCCCAGGUCUUCAUCGGCGGCCGGUACAUCGGCGGGGCCGACGAGAUUCGACAGCUCCACGAGGCUGGCGAGCUCAAGAAGUACGUAGAUGGGGUCCCGCUGGCGACCGCCGGGGUCUGCGAGGGUUGCGGCGGGUUCCGGUUCAUUCUGUGCCAGAAUUGCAACGGGAGCCAUAAGGUGUACACUGAGAAGGCCGGGUUCCGGAGCUGUGCCGCCUGCAACGAGAACGGCAUCGUCCGAUGUCCCGAUUGCUGCUCCCCUGCCAUCUGAUCGAGAGUGGAGGGACCAGGAGAGAUCAUAGAUCUAUGCGGCCAUGAGAGAAGGCUAUAUACAGACAGGGAAGGAUUACGGGGAAAGCGAGAGAUCGUUAGCUUUGAAAGAUUUUAGUUGUUUCAUCAAAUCUCUGCUUCUCUUCUCUUGCUUAUUAUUAUUUUCUUUCUUUUUUUUUUUGGAAUAUGGAGGAAGAGGAAGGCACCUUCUGGGAUUUUUGGAAACUAUCGUUUGGCGUUUUGUUUCCUCUUCUGCUACCCUGUUGAAUUUUAUGAUAUAAUAUGUUGUGAGAUAGGGACAAACAGGCGAUUUCUUUUCUUUUACUUUGUCUGCCUCUGAAAAUGUUUGUAAUUUAAGAAAUUAUGAUAUUUGAUAAGACCGUUACAUUGUGAAUAUGUAGCUAUAUAUUAAAUCAAAGUAAGUAU